UAUGGAGGCGGUGCAGCUAAAGUUGCCAAGUGCACCGUUGUUUUUUUCCAACCAGAAUUAAAAUGCCUUGAGACAGAUUAGCGCUCAUUGACAGUAAAUGUGCGGUCGAGAAUUUAUCCCUUGAAAUGCAAAACUGUCAAUUUUUCGCAUGAAACGUGGAUUCUUUUUUCACUCAAAAUGUUCAGUGAUGCACGACGUUGAGAGUAAUGUUAAAUGUUGUUGGCAGUGCUGAACGUGACAGCUGGCCUACUAGAUUAGUGAUGACCGUUUGACGCUGAGUUGGAAAUAACUGGCUCAGGUUUCCAGCGCUGGAUUGACUAUUGCUAAAAAGAAAAGAAAAUUAUGAUUGGAGCCGAGUAUGCCCAGUUCACCUCCUACAUUCCGAGUGAGAACAUGGUGUCGGAUCCUGACAAGAAGUUCCUGCCGUCCUAUCUUCUGCCUACAUUUCAUGUCCCUCAGCCAUGGACAAGCAGGACAAACAGAGCGGGCUUUGAGGAGGAUUUCAUCAUUGUGGCCGAAUUUUCAGAAAUAGAGGGCCCCAAACCAGUGAUGCUGAUACCCAAAAACGGUGGAGGAAACUUUGACCAAAACACUUUUUCUGUGAAAAUCAUGGCGGUUGACCACCAAACGAACUCUGUAGGAUUCAGCAUUUCCGAGGAUACACAGGUUGUUAUAUCAGAAGACAGGGAUGGAGUCUACAGCUUUGUUCACCAUUUUGUAUUGUAUGACAAUGAAGCUCGUGGCUUUGUACGUCCUUUCUGUAUGGCCUAUGUCACCAGUGAGAGAAGGAAAAUUAUGACUUUCUAUGAAGAGCUUUCGGCACAGUUCAGAAAGGUAGCUCGCUUUCUGAAGUACGGAAAUAGAAUGGUCUUUGUCCGUGACCUUGACCGAUACCUCAGUGACCUGGAUUUUACAAAAGGGCAGUUGAGGAUGAAGAAAAUACCACAUCCAGAAUCUGAGUCUGGGGAGGAAGAGAGGCGUCAUGCAGAGGAAGAAACGUACCGAGACCUACAGAACAUUCGAGCGUCAAUGGACGAGGUGAAGGAAAUCCUCACAACGCUCCGGCCCCUACUGAAUGGUUCACCUUACCGAAAUGACCGCCGAGUUGAAUGUCGGUUUCAAACACUGGAAGACCGUGCUUAUCACCAGAAGUUAAAAGCUGAGACAACCAAUGUGGACACACUAAGUUUGGAGGAGAACUUCUUCUCGGAGGGAAAAGCCAGUGCUACUUUCAGAUGUGGAUCCUUCAAUGGUGCAGCAGACACGACGUUGUCAUUAUUCCAGGGGCACCGCACCUACACUCCGAAGAUUGUUCCUCCGAACAGAAGAAAGAAGUUUGACAGCGCACUGAGGGGUCUCCAUGAGUUGUGUUCCUGGGGAGCGAAGGAGGGGCUGAAGAAACUCAGAUGCAUCCAGGAGCACUAUAAAAGAGAGACAAUGGUUUUAGAACUGGAGAGAAGCGAAUCCAACCUUCUAGAUCCACCUGGCUCACUGAUGACCUGUGGACGAUGUGUGACCUCCAACUUUCUAACAGGGAUCUCCAUGCGUGGUUUAGACAUGUCGUCCAGUCUGUCUACUCCCGGCUCAGACAUCAUGAAGAGGUGGCCUUCGAGUGACACACUAGAUAGCUUCAAGUCAGUCGGGUCCUUUGUCUCUCUUCAAGAUGAAGAUGGUGAUAUCAUGUCUGUGGGAUCGGCUGAUGGACAUGUCAGUUUUGACUCCCAGGGAUUUCAAUCCCCCUCAGUUCCUGCCUCCCCCAUCAGCUCACCAACCAAGUCCCCCUUCUACCGUCUAGGAAGCAGUUGUGAGAGCGAGUCCACCAGCAGUAUCUACCACACAGACGAAGCAUCCAGCACCGCAUCCCCAUCUCAACCACCCUCCGCUCCGCAGACACCAAGCCUAGCAUCCCCGACCCAACCACCAUCCGCUCCACAGACACCAAGCCUAGCAUCCCCGACCCAACCACCAUCCUCUCCCCAGACACCAAGCCUAGCAUCCCCGACCCAACCACCAUCCUAUCCUCAGACACCAAACCCAGCCUCCCCGACUCAACCCUCCGCUCCACAGACACCAAGCCUAGCAUCCCCGACCCAACCACCAUCCUCUCCCCAGACACCAAGCCUAGCAUCCCCGACCCAACCACCAUCCUAUCCUCAGACACCAAACCCAGCAUCCCCGACUCAACCCUCCGCUCCCCAGACACCAAACCCAGCAUCCCCAACUCAACCCUCCGCUCCCCAGACACCAAACCCAGCAUCCCCGACUCAACCCUCCGCUCCACAAACACCAAGCCUAGCAUCUCCAACUAAGCCCGCCACUCUUCAGACACCAAACUCAGCAUCCCCAUCUUGCCCAGCCUCCGCUCCCCAGACAACCAACUUGGCACAGACACCUGCCCCCACAUCCAAUCCACCCCACACUGAGCCAACACCUGACACAGCUGACCUCUCACUGAGGUUAUCACCGACUGACUCGGUCACUUCUCCACCUGACCAGGCCAUGGACAAGGACCAGAGUUGUGUCUGUUGUGACCAUGGUCAUGGAGACUCCGGAGAGACAGUGACCGAAGGUCAAACUGCAAGCUAUGGUCAACAACGGAUGAUGUCGCGGCAAAUGAGUGCCGACACCUCGUGUUCCGAAUGUUCCAUUUCUCCAUCUCGGUACGUGCAAUACACAGAUAAACAGGCUGAGAUGCAGUGUUUCUCAGCGCUGGACAAUACGCCAGACUUGCAGUCAGCCAACAAGUACAUGGGUUCCAGCCAGGAAGACACUUCGGGUGAUACUGUGCCCAGCACCAGCAGCGGAGAAGACACGGGACCAACAUCGGCCUGCUCCACGCCACCGUCCAGGAAACCUAAGGCGGGGUUGUACAGUCUGGGGGACCUGAUGGAGAAGCUGGGACCCGGGGUGCCAGGAUAUGGCAUUGUUAAUGUACUACUCUCCUGCAACAACCUACAACACAUACUCUACAGCUUGCUGAUUGGUCGAACAGUCCUUGUUGUCGGCUCGCCGAGACUAGAAGGGGAGGUAAUCAGGAUUGUCACAGCAUUGGCUCUGUUCCUGCCAGACCACCGGAGGAAACACCCAUCUAUGAUAGAAUGGCUAUCCAAGCCCUUUAGACUCACAGAUCUAGCCCGUACAAAGCUGGCUGGUGUGUGUCGGCCGGAGAAACGAUCACUGGAGUCUGUGGUUCCUAAUGUCGUCAAGAAAUAUUCCUCCAUAAUUGAUGUUGACAGACAAGGCAUCCUAGCUCCCAAAUACCAGGGUAAUCUUCUGACAGCAUUGAUAAGCAAGAAGAAGGUCUUCAAUACAGACACAGAAUUUGUAGGCUUUAUUCACUGCUGGUUGAUGGAGUUGUCGUCCAAGGCCUUCAUCUUCUACCACUCCUUCUGCCUGGGCACUGCUGGCAUCAUGUAUGACCAGAACCUGCAGAGACAGAAGGAACAGUACCAGAGCACUGUGAGGAGCUUCAUAGCCAAGCUGGGAGUCACUGAUGAUGAUAUUCAUAUAGUAGAGUAUUUGGCUGAGAUAGUGAAGAUGUCAGAGAUUGAGCCGCACGUACGACUAACUCAAGUUGGAGGUGGUGUUGCCAGACCGAUCACACUGAAUUACCUCCCUUGUCAGAUGCAGCCUCUGAGGUUCUGAGUGAGGUUACUCCAUCAGGUCCAUCAUUGACUUCAAGAUGCAUCACCAACCUCCAGAUGCAUCCCCCAUUCCACCAUCAGAGCUACUCCUUCACUGCCUAGAAAUAUGUGCACAUGGGUUAGAUAAAAAAUACGUUCCACAAUGACUGCAGCAUACAACGCAGUCUCUAACUCAACAGUAUUCUGAGGAUAGCCAAACAACAGUUUGACCACAAGCACUUAUUUGUGGUCAUACAAUGGAGGCUCAGAUGCAUGAAGGGGAGAGAACUCUUGUGUGAAGGAUUCCUUUAGUAUGGCCACAUCGUCUGACUCAGGAGUUUGUUCAUCGUUUAGUGCAAUAUGGACUCAGUGUACAAUGGAUCCUUCCUCUCUUAACUGAACAUCGAGUAGCCCAGUGGGUAAUGUGUCACAGUCUUGGUUUGAAUCCCAACAUGGGUUCAAAGUAGGAUGAAAGUCCUUCGUAUCCUCAUAAAGACAAAGUAUUGUGAUAAAUAUUGUACUGAGAUUUCAGUGUCGCAGCUUUUGUGAACAUCAUGAACAUCAUGAACAUCAUGAACAUCAUGAACACAAUUAGUGUUCCAUGCAGAUUGGUGGAAGCAGCAAAGACCUAGCUAUCUCAGUAGGUGCUCGAGAAAGAACCUGUUUUCGACUCACUAGAAACAGAUUAUUCAGUAAGGAAUGAACUGCCAGAUGAAGUAAGCAUAACGACCCAGUCAUCUCAGAUGCUGGAAGUCUCUGUGCAAUUGUAUCUUGUUGGUUAUUCAGGCCAAGUAUGAUAUACUUACAGCGUUAGACAGGAUCAAGUCUGUACCAUGGUUAGUUCAAAUCUAGGCCUACUUUGUUUCUAUGGAAAUGUGCUUAUGUUAAACAUGUCACUAGUCUGAACUGACCUGUUGACAUCUUAACGAGGCAAGGGAGUUAACUGACUGUGGAAGUCCUGUUGCCACCCUUGCCUAACUAGGCUGGAAUUUCUGGGUUCGAUCGUUGCGCCUCCAGUGACUAUUAUGAGUUAUGUCCCUUUUAUGUCCUUC